CUGGGUCUGGUGUUCAUGCGGCAAGUGAUACCAACAAAUAUGCACAAAUUACUGAUAGUCUCAGUGCUGAUUGUCGCCCUUGCCGUCCUGGACGUGACGUGUACGGAGUCCAUGCUGACGCCCCCUGAGAGACCAGAGGAGUUCAAGAACCCCGCAGAACUCAGGCGGUACCUGAAGGCACUCAAUGAAUACUACGCCAUCGUUGGACGGCCAAGGUUCGGUAAAAGAAAUGGCGGCUCCAGGUUAAACGAUAUUAUUCGACCCAACGGUGACGACUGGGACUACAACAGUGCUUCAUGGGGAGACUUUUAAAUAGGCCAGGAGACUUUUAACUAGGUCACCAACAGCGUCACCUGUCUGCCUAAAGUCUGUUUUGUAGUUCUUAUUUUUAAGAGGAAAAAAAAAUUGUUCAAAAAUUUCAAACUUCUCUUUUUUUUUUCGAUCUGAUUAAAUGUUUAAAACAAUAAAAAUAAUCUCUAUUUAA